UAUGUGUCAUUGUGGCUGCCGACUGCGACAUGUGAAAAGUCCCGCACUAAAACUGUAAGAAACUCCAACAAUCCAGUGUGGAAUGAAACCUUCUACUUCAGGAUCCAGAGUCAGGUCAAGAAUGUGCUGGAGCUGACAGUAUACGAUGAGGAUUUUGCUACUCCAGAUGACCAUCUCCUCUGUGCACUCUUUGAUACUGCUAAACUUCCAAUUGAAAGAACAGUGAUCCUGUAUUUUAAGCCCAGCCCGCAGGCCAAGGAGGAGCUAGAGGUUGAAUUCAAACUGGAGGCCGCUUCUGGUCCUCAUGAAGCCAUUGCUACCAAUGGAGUCCUGGUGUGUCGUGAACUUUGCUGCUUGGAAGUUGAAGUGGCAGAGAAGACACAGCAAAAAUCAAAGAAAGAGCUCUCUCUCACUGUGAAGGGCUCUUUUGAGGGGACGCAGGAUAUUACGCUGGGCCCCGAUGGACUAGCCAGCCCAUCGGGUCCUACCAAGUUCCACUAUAUCAAGUACGCCGAGCCAACGCUGGACAUCAUGUUGCCAAAGAAGAGGCGCUAUCAUGCUGAGAAAAGAUUUGACUUGAAUGUGAGAGCACAAAGCUGUAAUUGUUCGUGCCAUCAAGACCUGGACAUGCGCUUUGGGUUUAACUUAUGUUCAGAGGAGACGGCUUUCCUGCGGAAAAGAAAGAGAUAUGUAGCAAGUGCCCUGAAAAAUGUUUUUCACCUUCAACAGGAUCUGCAGGAUUGUGAAGUCCCUGUUGUGGCUAUCAUCACGACAGGCGGGGGACUGAAGUCAAUGACAGGACUAUAUGGCAGCCUCCUGGGACUUAAGAAAUUAAAUCUACUGGACUGUGUAACAUACAUCAGUGGGCUGUCUGGCACCACAUGGACCAUGGCAAACUUAUACAGAGAUGCCUACUGGUCACAGAAGGACCUAGACUCACAUAUUGGUGAAGCCCAGAAACAAGCAACCAAAUGCAAGAUGGGCUGUUUCUCUAUGGAUCGCAUGAAGUACUACAACAAGCAGCUUUGUCAGCGGAAAGAGGAGGGAUACAGGACAUCAUUUAUAGAUCUUUGGGGGCUCAUGAUUGAGUACUUACUAAAUGAUGGGAAAGACCCCCACAAACUUUCAGACCAGCAAGAAGCACUGUGUGAUGGCCAGAACCCACUGCCCAUCUAUGUGUCUGUCAGUGUCCGGGACAGCUACAGCACCAAUGAUUUCAAAGAGUGGGUGGAGUUCACCCCCUACGAGGUGGGACUUCUGAAGUACGGCGCGUUUAUUCGCACAGAGCAUUUUGGAAGCGAGUUCUUCAUGGGACGCUUGUUAAAAAAGCUCCCUGAAUCCCGGAUCUGUUACCUUCAAGGUAUGUGGAGCAGUAUAUUUUCUGUAAACCUGUUACAAAUAUGGGGAUUAUCACACAGUUCAGAGGACUUCUGGAAGAGAUGGACACAGGACAGAAUAGAAGAAGUUGAUGAAGACCCAGUGUUGCCUACAAGACCUCACGAGCUGAGGACUCGCAUGUACACUCCUCCUGGCCCCCUGUCCAGUGCCCUUCGGGGAGCACUGACUGACCGCUUCUCUGUCGCCCACCACCACAAUUUCCUGAAGGGCUACCAACUGCAUAACAACUACAUGGAGAAUGAGCACUUCUGUCAAUGGAAAG